AUGUUAGAUGCCUUUAACUCCCAACAAGAUAAGUCUUUAGCUGUUGUUAUAGUAUUUGACUUGGCUGCUGCUGUGAGGAACCGUGAUUGCUGUUGCUGUGAUAUGGCGUGUGCACUUUCGUUUCUGGAGGAAGAGACCCUGUUAAGACAGGGGACCAAGUCAAGCUACACAACAUUUGUGUCAUCUUUGCGAGAUAAACUGAAGGGCAAUGAAGAGUACUAUGGCAUACCGAUGUUGCCUGAGCCUUCCAAGGCUACAGAUCCAGAGCAGCGCUUUCUAUUAGUUGGGCUGAAUGUUACAAAGGAGAAAUCUAUCACGCUUGCACUAGAUGUCAACAAUGUAUAUGUGGUGGGUUAUCUUGAUGAUAAAUAUCGAGCUCAUGUCUUUUCCGAUGCUUCUAAGAUUGCAGAGGAUUCUCUUUGGAAAGAUGCAAAAGAACGCUUACCUAUUAAGUACCCAAGUACCUAUGGAGGAAUAGAAGGGAAAGCUAAUCCUCGACCAAAAGUUGAAUUGGGGAUUGAAAAGCUAAAAUUUGCCAUCCUUUCUGUCUUUGGGAAGCAACAGAUCAAGGAGAAUCUUGAGGCAAAACUUCUUCUACUUUCAGUCCAGAUGGUGUCGGAGGCCACACGGUUCAAAUAUAUUGAGAAAAUGAUACUCAAUAGUAUUGAAGGAAAGGGAACAUACAAAUCUUUUUUCCCUAAUCCCUUAGUGAUUAGCUUGGAGAACCGUUGGCAAGACCUCUCUAAAGGUGUUCGAAAUUCCAAUAAAGGAGUCAUUUCUCCAGCAGUUCAAUUAAUAGAUCCCAACAAUAAACCCUUCAAAGUUGACAAAGUGCAAGCUGUAGCUCCCUAUCUGAAUAUAUACAACAUAAGAGUUCUAUAG